GACUCUAGCUUUAGCUUUCUUUUUCUCGUGCUAUCACUACACAGAGCUAUGCUGCGACUGAGGGAGCUUCAUCAAGGGAAGUAAUGAUUUCAAGAUAAAGGAAAUAAGGAAUGGAUUUGUGAUUCUCUCUGUCCUAUGGCUCAGCCUAACACCAAUGCAAACACCAAGAUUCCUGCUAAUGCUGCAGAGGAAGUGAAGGGCAGUACCGUUUUUCAUGAUUUCUUGGGCAAAGGGUGUGCCCCAGAUUCGUCUCCGGCGCCGCCCGCCACUUCCCGGCCGCCGUUGGAGCCCUCCUCCGGCGGCGGCGGCUGUGGCCCUGUGUCCACCACUUCAGAUAUGUGUUCUGGGCCAGAGGCGAGUUUUCGAUUCUCGGGAAGUAAGAGAUGCAGUUCGGAUUCUAAUCAUUCGAUUAUGGGGUCUUGUAAAGAUAGAUUUCCAGGGGUGCAACCUGAUUCGCUUGCUACCUCACAUGUGAUGAAGCUGCUACGGGGUGCAGGAGGGGAACGACCUAGAGGACCACCGUACAAUGAAGAGCCAUCACUUGGAGUGCAUCCAAUGAGGCCACUUUCGUCAUCCUCUCUUUCUAUGGGCGCUAGAGCUUAUGCUAAUACUUCGAAAUGGGAUCGAGUCCCGAUCAGUGCCACUCCCACGUUGCAGCAGUAUCCUCCCCAUGCCACCAGCCAAGCUGUAUCUUUCGGGUAUCAAGCCCCCCCGGCCAACAGGUUUCGAGACAACAAUGCUGGUCCUUCGGUGAUAUCCCAAGCAGCUGCUGAUGAAGGAUCAAGAACGGGAAUCAAAGGGUCUGGGAUUUUGAGAUCCAUCAAUACGAGUGCUGGAAUGUCAGAUAGAACCCUCUCCGGGGUGCCACUAAGUGGCUGUAAACCGAGCUUUGGGGUUCAAAGCUCUGAGCCCGAAUCUUCUAAUCCAAGUCGGCAAGGAGUGGGAUUUGCGGGCCAUCAAAUGACGAUAUUUUAUGGUGGUCAAGCACAUGUUUUUGAUGAUGUACACCCCAACAAGGCAGAUCUUAUUAUGGCCUUAGCUGGUUCAAAUGGAGGGUCUUGGUCCACGACGUAUGCUCCAAAAUCUGCAGGACGAGUGUCCGGUGAGAAAAAUGUUGUGCCUGCUGGCGAGAACGAGACAGGUGCGGGAAGUGGCUCAGCCAUACUACGAGAAUUGCAAGGGAGAGCAUCGUUAAGAGUCGGCUCCAGUCGCCCAUUUGUAUCCGGUGACCAAAGUUUUCUUCCCCCAGGUAACCAUCAAGGUGGUAGCAUGAGCAAGGAAACCAGAACUGCAGUUCAGGUAGCAGAAGCCCUUAAUGAAGAAAAGAAUGAUGUAUGAUAGAUGUAAAUUUGUUGGUCAUUUUGCUAUAUUAUUAGCUUCCUAAUUUCACUUAUAUUUAAACUCUCUUCAAUAUGACCUUGCUUUCUCUA